AUGACAAAAUGGGAGCUACAGGUUCUCCUGCCAAAGAGAAAGCUCUUCAACGGCCACGCGAACCGUUACUUCUCCCAAUGCGGUCCCAGAUGCCGCGAGAGCCUGCCCUCAAUCGCUCCUAGACCCUCCCUCAACAUUAAACACAUCCGGCAGAAUCCCGAACUCUACUCCCAGAACUGCCUCGAGCGCAACUACAAAGCCCAGAGUGACAGUCCUUUCAAGAUUGUCAAGCUCUUCGAGAAAUGGCUCCUAUCCCAAAAGAGUACGCGCGGACUACGGGAGAAGAGCAAUGCCAUCAGAACGCAGCUGUCUCAUUCCAGAACUUUCAGCGGUAUCGAGGGAGAGGCACAAGAUGGACAAGGCAAGCAGAAGACGCAGUUGGUGGAGGAGGCCCAGGACUUGAAAAAGCAACUAUCGGCCAUCGAGGCUCUCGAGGGACAGCUGAAUAACGAGAUCGAGGAUCUAGCAGCUGAGCUACCAAAUCUCACGAGCGACCAAACGCCUAGAGGCGAUGAGCCUAAGGUCUUGGGCUAUAUCAACGAACAUUCGAACCCUCCCUCUACGUCCCACGACCGAACAUGGAGAAACCACGUCCACAUCGGUACGGAAUUCGAUUUGCUAGACUUUGCUGGCGCUGCUACAACGAGCGGGUGGGGCUGGUACUAUCUAAAGAAUGAAGCAGCGCUACUCGAGCAGGCCUUGAUCCAAUACGCAGUCAGGGUGGCCAUGCAGCACGGCUUCACAGUCGUCACACCUCCCUCAAUGGUCUACUCGCACAUUGCCGCGGCCUGUGGAUUCCGGCCUCGUGAUCAGAGUGGGGAGCAGCAAGUAUACGACACACAGCAGAGUGAAAGGGAUCAAGAAAAGGGCAAGCCGUCGCAUAGUCUCGCAGGGACGGCUGAGAUACCGCUUGCUGGGAUGAAGGCGGAUGCGGCCGUUGACCGAGCGGACUUGCCGAUCCAGGUGGUUGGGCCAAGCCGGUGUUACAGAGCAGAGGCAGGCGCCAGGGGUGUGGAAACAAAAGGAUUAUAUCGCGUUCACGAGUUCACGAAAGUGGAAAUGUUCGCUUGGACGGCUCAAGGAGGCGAGGACGAAGCUUUCCUCUCCAUGCUCUCUAUUCAGCAGGAGAUUCUUCAGAACCUCGGGCUACACUGUCGCAUACUCGAGAUGCCAUCGACAGACUUAGGGGCCAGCGCCGUCAGAAAACAGGAUAUCGAGGCAUUCUUCCCUUCCAGGCGUGAGAAAGAUGGUGGAUGGGGUGAGGUCACCUCGACGUCGAUCUGUACCGACUAUCAGACAAGGCGACUGAACACGAGGGUACGAAACCCCGCAGGAUCUCAGACCAAGAUGGACUUUCCAUCCACUGUCAACGGAACAGCUUUGGCUGUACCCCGAGUCCUCGCUGCACUAUUGGAGAAUGGUUGGGAUGAGAAAGAAGUCUGUGUGAGGAUACCGGAGGUGCUCUGGCCGUGGAUGCAUGGGAUGCAGAUUAUAAAGAAGAAGCGUCGACUGGAAGCACCCUCCAAGCAUCAAGAGACGAAGGGUUAA